GUGAAAACGGAAGUCAGGCCCUCGCGCGCCGCCAUGGAGUCGCUCUCGCAGCAGCUGGAGCGUUUCUCAGAGGUGCUGGCCGUCUCCCGCACCGCCCACGUCCGCAGCUGGGACCCCGCGACCGUGCGCCGGGCCCUGCAGUGGGCUCGCUACCUGCGCCACGUCUACAGGCGCUUUGGCCGUCAUGCCGGCAUCCGCUCGGCCCUGGAGCGGCGGCUGCAGGACCGGUGGAGGCGGGAGGACGGCCCCGGGCCCGCCGCCUUCUCGGGGCUGACGAACUUCCGGGCCUUGGGGCGCUGCGACCUCCUGCUGUCUCAGUACCUGCUAGGGAACCGGGCCCUCGGGGAUGCCGCCUUUCGCUGCCUGCUGCAGCAGCUCUGCCCCGGCCCCGGCGUCCGGGACGCCGAGGAGGAGACCCUGCAAGACCGCCUGGCCCUCCUCGCCCGCCGCCGGGCCGCCGUCCACCUGCUGCGCGCCAGCGGUUUGGGAGAGAACCCGGCCGCUCGGCGGGACCCACUGGUAGAGACUCAGGCCGAGCUGCUGCUGCGGCGUCUGCAGGAGGUGGGCGAGGCCGGGGCGGAGGGCCCCCGCGCGCUGCUCAGCGGCCUGUGGGCGCGCGGGCCCCAGAACAGCUUCCUGGAGGUGAUAGCAGCCGCGCUGCUGCCGCCGCCGUCGUUGCCCCCCGGGCCCCCCCAAAAGGAGCUGGAACUGGACAGCCCCCAGGCCCCGGGAGAGGGGCGUCACGAGCUGGUUCAAUGGCUUCUGGGCCAGCCAGACACCAUGGCCGCUUUGUGCCACAGCCUCCCGGCCGGGCUUUUAGCUUCGGUGGUGGGUCGCCACCCGGAGCUCGUCCCGGUCUACCUGGGUCUGCUGACCGACUGGGGCCGGCGGCUGCACUACGAUCUCCAGAAGGGCUUGUGGGUUGGCGCCGAGGCCCGAGAGGGGCCCUGGGAGGAGCUGUACAGCCGGUUUCAGAGCCUCUGUCAGGCCCCCUCGCCCCUGAAAGAUGAAGCUCUUCGUGCCCUGGAGACUUGCAAGGCGCAGGAUGGAGGUUUCGAGGCGCCUGGCCUUAGCAUCUGGACCGACCUGUUGUUAGCUCUUGGGAGCCGUGCGUGAUGCUGCCUUUGGGGAAAGACAAGGUCCAGGUCUCAGCCCAAGCCCAGUUCUAGAUGGGCAACAUUCUCUACUGACUACUUGAACAUAUGGUUUACAGAAUUAAAAUGUCAGUGUUGCCACCAAA